AUGAAAAAUAUGUCUGGCCAUGGUAACCAGUUAGGGGCCUUGGUACAUCAAAGGGCAGUAAUAACAGAAGAAUUCAAAGUGCCAGAUAAAAUGGUUGGAUUUAUUAUUGGCAGGGGAGGUGAGCAGAUCUCACGGAUUCAAGCAGAGUCUGGUUGCAAAAUUCAGAUUGCUUCAGAGAGUUCUGGGAUUCCAGAGAGACCCUGUGUACUUACCGGAACCCCAGAAAGUAUUGAACAAGCCAAACGGCUCCUGGGGCAGAUUGUGGACCGCUGUCGAAAUGGACCUGGCUUUCAUAAUGACAUAGAUGGCAACAGCACAAUCCAGGAGAUUCUUAUUCCUGCAUCUAAAGUGGGUCUUGUCAUCGGCAAAGGAGGGGAAACAAUCAAGCAGUUGCAGGAGCGGACAGGUGUGAAAAUGGUCAUGAUCCAGGAUGGUCCACUGCCCACGGGGGCAGACAAGCCUCUUCGUAUCACUGGAGAUCCAUUUAAAGUACAGCAAGCAAGAGAAAUGGUACUGGAGAUCAUCCGAGAAAAAGACCAAGCUGACUUCCGAGGUGUGCGUGGUGAUUUCGGCUCCCGAGUAGGAGGAGGCAGUAUAGAGGUGUCUGUGCCUAGGUUUGCUGUUGGGAUUGUAAUAGGAAGAAACGGGGAGAUGAUCAAAAAGAUCCAGAAUGAUGCUGGUGUAAGGAUUCAGUUUAAACCAGAUGAUGGGAUUAGUCCAGAAAGAGCCGCUCAGGUCAUGGGCCCUCCAGAUCGGUGUCAGCAUGCAGCACACAUCAUCAACGAGCUGAUUCUUACAGCACAGGAAAGAGAUGGCUUCGGAGGCCUGGUGGUGGCCAGAGGAAGAGGCCGUGGCCGUGGCGACUGGAGCGUGGGAACCCCCGGUGGUAUCCAGGAAAUAACGUACACCGUGCCAGCAGAUAAGUGUGGCCUUGUCAUAGGCAAAGGUAAGAGACAACUGCUGGAUUUUCUCCUCUCCAGAUGCUAGAAGGGAAGCAGGUGGCAAAGACCUCCAAAUUUGCAGUAAUUCUUGCACAACACCAACUAAGGGGCCAAGGCUGCAGUGUCAGCUUCCCUCUGCCAGAACCCUGUUUUGCCGGAGUCCCUGACUGAGUCUUUCAUGAUGGGGGCAAAGUAUAUUUGAGUAUGGGCAGAGGGUAAA